UAAAGACAAGUUGAAGACGAUAUGGGGCGCCCAAGACCCUAUAUUCGAUUCCGAAAGUUCAUGCCCACGAACAAAGUUGUUCAAGGGCUUGGACAAAUCCAAGAUCGAUGGAGAGCUGGCACGCAUCAGGAUCCGCGCGCUGCUUCUUUUGUGUUCUCAUGAAGUCGAGCAGCUUAGGAAAUGGGUCCAGACCCAUGUGAAGCUCCAGAAAGGACAAGGUGCCCAGAGUAAAACACUGGAUAUCAUUGCAGGCGAAUGUAAAGUUGGAAAAGACACCAUUAAAGAAUGGUACAAAAGAAGGAAGGUGUAUUUCGAGCUUGCGGAGAGGCGGGGCCUAGGCUCUUUAUUAGAAACGGGAGCUGCGUCCUCGAGAAGCUCUCUACCGAAGACAUCCAAUUGCUCUGUGACUAUUGGAACAAGAAUGAAGAAGCCCCCUCUCAAAACCUCGACCACCUCGCGGAUACCAACCACCUCGCGGUAGUCACAGUCGUUGAGGGCAUGAGGGCAUAUGGCUGUAGACUCGAGGAGCUUCCCACCAGUAGUAGCAGGCUUGUCAACUUGCUUCGAAAAUAUGUGUCGCUCGAGGCGCUGGCAAAGGGAAAUACCCAGCUCCCGGACAAGUCCGAAACACAGUUUUGCGAAUGGCAACCUCACAAAAGACGCCGGCUCGAAGCAACGGACGGGCGACUUUUCACGCCCGAGACUGCUAGAUCGGUUGGGGCUCCAUCGACGGACACCCAGCAAGAGCUGGUCAUUGCUUCGGAAACUCUGAGCAUGGUUGGCGACAGUGCUGGCAACGAGAAUGGGCGUCUACAAUUAGGAAAUUACAUGGUGGUUGAAGAAGCAGAUUCUGAAUGGCGGCAAAUGUGGGGUAUAGAUUCACAAGGCACUAUUGCUGCUCGGUGACCGGAGUAAUAUCAGAGACGUAAGUAACGAAGGGGACACUUGACAUUUCGUAACAGACGCCGGGGUGGAUCACAACUAAGCCUGGCUGCAGCUCCGUCUGCUCUCGAUUAGUUCCCCCUCUCCAUGUUUCCAAGUAUACUUUUGUCUCC